GUGCUUCGUUCCACUUAAGAUGACGGCGGUUCUUCUGCUAGUGAAUGGGGUUGGCCUUCUUAGCUUCUGGCUGUCUGUGGGAUAAGAUAAGAUAAAAGGAGGCAUGCAGGAAGCAUGGUUCAUCAUCAACAGAGAAUACCUCAUGCCUAUCCUCUGUUUAUGAGCCAACUCAUCAUUCAUCUCAACCAGUGAGAGAUCCCGGUUCAGCGUGGGCCUGUAAUGUCACCAUUCACCCAGAGAAUCCUGCUGUGAUGUUUGGGGGCCCUGUGGAUCUAAACUGCACUACUUCGUGUACCAAUUACACCGGUCUGAACUGGGAGGUAUCUCUUGAAGCUAAGAUCCAGGAGGGAAAUGGGUGGAUUUCUCUGGCGAUGAAAAAUGUGGAAGAAUGGAAAGCUCAACCAUUGUGCUGGGUCAAAUAUGAAGACUCUCUUUUACUCUCCACCAGGGCAGUACUCUAUGUAUAUGAAUUCUCAACACCCACUAUCCAGCUGGCUUCUGAGAUUCAGCAAGGCCAUUCAGAGAACAUUGUGUGCAAUAUUCCUCGCUUGAAGGUGAGAGACUCCACAUCACCUCAUAGGAACAUCUCCUUGAGCAGAGGCCCAGAUGUUCUCAGCAGCAACAAUAACAAAUCGUCUCUGGAGUACAGCUUUGUGGCCGACCUUCAGAAAGAUGACCGGACUGAGAUCAUUUGUGAAGCCUAUGUCCAGGUGGGCUCAGAAGUGCUGAGAAAACAGACGAGGAGAGUUUUGAAUGUUGUGGCCAGUCCUUUCAACGUCAGCGUCUCAGCAAAUCGUGAGAGGUACAAAACAAAUGAGAACAUUAAGGUGACAUGUAAUGCUACAGGCAAACCCUUUCCGGAGUUUUCGUGGCAUCUCCCUUCCACAGAGGGUGUGGAAUUCUCAGACAACAACCGGACCAUUGAGAUAUCUUCAGCUCAGAGUUCCCAUAAUGGGACAUACCUAUGUCUGGCCAAUAAUAUUUAUGGCAAGAAAUCGGCACGAGUGGACAUCGUCUUUGAAGAGUCGACUCGCAGCUGGAUCGCCGCAGUGGUGGUGGUGACGUUGCUGGCAGUCCUGAUCACGGCUGGAGUCGUCUUGUACCGCUGUCAGAAAUGAAGGCAAUCCUGUUGGAAAGAGGUCUGGCUUUUGCAAUACGAGAAGUAGGGGUCGCUUCUUGAGAAGCCACAACGAAAGCAAGGAGGAAAGAAGGGGUCUUUGCUGGAGUCUGACUGAACACAGCAGGCAGUGGAAACUGGUCAAUAUCCAUGCAGGACCUGCUUCUGUGACUGCCUGUUAUAGCAGAUGCCCGUGUGCGCUACGCCAAAGCAACAGAUUCAGCCAAGGGGGGGAAAACCUCAUAUCAUACUAGGAAUAAGAUUCAGAUUCCUGAGGGAUUCCAGGCUGUAAAGAUGGACCUGAAAGCAGAAAAGGAGCAAUAAAUUUGAAAAUGCAGGUGAUCAUCAUGACACUCCCCACCGUUUGUUCUCUCAUCCUUUUGAAAGUCCGAAAAUGCCAGUAGUGAGAUCAGUUCGUAACAAUAAAUAAACUGAAGAAAAUUUCAUUUCUAUAA